AUGGCGGCUGUGUUGUUGUUUCACAGAGGAAACAUUUCAUCUCCUGCAGCAACGAUGACUUCAGUUCAGGCUUUGAGAGAGUUUAUCGACCAGCGACUCACGGCUGCUGCUGGAGAAAUCUUCACCGUGUUCGAACAAACGAUCGUCCAGUUCGAGGAGGAGAUUUAUCGACAGCGACGACUUCUGGAAAUCAACUGGAAACCUCAAAUCAAGUUGCACAGAACAGUUCCUCCAGAUCUCCCACAGCACCAUGACAGUAGAGAGGAGUCGCUUUUUAAAGAGGAGACAAACCACUGCAACCAUGAGGAGCCAGAACCUCCACAGAUCAAAGAGGAGCCGGAAGAAGCAGGACUUCUACAGUUUCAAGAGGACCAGGAGGAACCAGAACCUCCACAGAUUGACAAACUCGGAACCAGGCAGGAAGGAGAGCGGCUGAAUCUGAAGAUUGAAAGUGAAACCUUUACAGUACCUUCUGCUGAGGAGCAAAGUGACCUGAGUGAUCUAGAAGAAGCACCGGACACUGAGCAGUUCCUCUCUCAGGACUCUGAAGUCCACCAUGUGAAAAAACAUAUUGACUCAGAAUCAACUGGAAAUUCUGUGCUAAAAACAAUCGAUGUACUUCAUAGCGACGGUGUGGAGAACUUUCCUGUGUCAGAGAAGCAAUAUGAAUAUGGAAAACCUCUUUAUGAGGAACCAUGCGGCAAGAAUGUCAGUAAAAGGCGUAAAUUAUGUCAGAACAUUGGAACUGUCACUGAUAAGAAGGUAGUUUGUGAUAUUUGUGGGAGGAGUUUCAGGCAGCGGAGUCAUGUGGUGGACCACAUGAGAACUCACACGGGUGAGAAGCCAUUCUCUUGUGAAAUGUGUGGGAAGAGUUUCAGUCAACAGUGCAAUUUGUCGCGCCACAUGAGAACUCACACAGGUGAGAAGCCGUAUUGUUGUAAAACUUGUGGGAAAAGUUUCACGAGACAGAGCAAUUUGCUGUGCCACAUGAGAGCUCACACAGGUGAGAAGCCGUUUUCUUGUGAGCUCUGGGGGGAGUGUCAGUUGUCCAAUUUCAUCGCUGCGCCACAUGAAAACUCACAAUGAGGUGAAGUCAUGAAGGACUCCAUGGAGGAUCUCAUUCCAGGAGUCCAGCUUUAAAAAAA